CAGUCCAAGUCGAGCACGAGGCAGCAGGCUGUCACGAGAUCCGCACAUUUGAAACCAAUUUGCGUUAUUUCUAAAAAUAAAGGUGGGCUAAUUGAUAAGAAAUGACUCGAGGCGCCCUCCGGUGACGCUGCCUUCCUUUGACAAGGCGCAUGCGCACGCAGAGGCCAGGUGUCAAGCAACACAGGAGCCGCCCGCCGCUGGGAGAAGGUUUCCGUCGACUGUACCUAACGAAGAAAACUUGUUUCCAAUAUGUCGGGGUUAGACAGCAACCCGUUCGCGGACCCGGUGGACGUGAACCCCUUCCAGGAUGCCUCUAUCACGCAAGCCACCAGCAGAGCCCCCACAAACCUUGGGGAGUAUAACCCAUUCUCCGCUACUGAGAUGGGAGACUACACUGGAACAACCAUCCCAGCCUCUGCUGCCUCCUCCCAACCCGCAGUUCUACAGCCCUCUGUGGAGCAAAGUGCAAAAGCGACUGCAGCAGCUGCCACGGCUGAUCUGAUCAAACAGCAGCAGGAGCUGGAGAGGAAAGCCGCUGAUCUGGAGCGACGAGAGCAGGAGCUACAGAACAGAACCACAAACAGGGAGUCAAGCCCAGGAGCUAAAGAGAACAACUGGCCUCCUCUUCCAAAGUUCUGCCCUCUGAAGCCCUGCUUCUAUCAGAACUUUGAGGAGGAAAUCCCAGAUGACUACCGCCGAAUCUGCAAGAGGAUGUACUACCUCUGGAUGUUCCACUGUGCCACUCUGUUCCUCAAUGUGCUGGCUUGUCUGGCUUACUUCACUGCAGACCCCUCUAGAGGUGUUGACUUUGGCCUUUCCAUCCUUUGGUUCCUCCUCUUCACUCCUGUGGCCUUCGUCUGCUGGUACCGGCCUGUUUACAAAGCCUUCAGGUCUGACAGCUCCUUCAGCUUCUUCUUCUUCUUCUUUGUUUUUUUCCUGCAAGUGGCGGUGUACGUCAUCCAGUCGGUGGGGAUCCCGUCUUGGGGAAACAGUGGGUGGAUCUUAUCGAUCUCCGUGAUUGGUACAAACUUGGCAGUAGCUGUGGUCAUGAUGGUGGUGGCUGGGUUCUUCACUGUUAAUGCUGUCCUGGCUCUCAUCCUGCUGAAAAUGGUUCACGCCAAGUACAGAAGGACGGGUGCAAGCUUCACCAAGGCCCAGGAGGAGUUUUCUAAAGGAGUCCUGACAAACAGAACCGUCCAGACCACUGCAGCUAGUGCUGCCAGCUCUGCUGCUCAGGGAGCUUUUGGGAGAAAUCAGGAAAAUUAAACCACCUCCACAUCCUCCAAACCUAAGGCUAAUAUACUCUCAAUCACCCUUAUCAAUGCACCCCAGCAUUCUGAAGAGGUCUUUAGGUCACAGGGAAAUUUUUUCACCCCCUUCCCAAAACCCCCAAGCUGCAUUUAACAGUCUAAUGAGACAUUAUCAUUAUGGUGUGGGAUUGUUGCAGCACAACAAAAACAAGACUGUUAAAACAUCUCAUGUCUUGAGCCUGUCUGAGUUCACAUGUGGCUCUCAGGGAAAAUACUGAAGGGAAAAAGAGUCUAAACCAGGAAAGAUUUACUUAAAUCCUAUCAUUCUUAAAGCAAUUGAGUGAGCUUUAUUUUAAAUGUUGCUUUUAUCACACCCCAGCUGUGUAGUCAUAUAGAACACACGCCUAUGAAUAAGCACUACAUGUAGAUUUUGACAUUCGUAACAAUAUGUUGCAGGACCAAGAAAAUCCUUUCUACCUGAUUUUUAUCUCUUACUACAUACCAAUUGGGAUUUUAUCAGAAGCAUGUUUCCGCUGUUACUGUUUUGUGUUGAAGAUUUCCAAAGAUACAGUUUUAACAUGUACAGACUGCACAGGAGCUGAAUGAUGAAGGUGAUGGGAUGAAGGUCGGUCUUUAUUCUGUGUUAGCUUACAUAGCUUUUAAUGGAACCCACUCAAAAGGGUAAAUGAAGAUGCAAUGUGGGGAAGAGGUUACAUGUUCAUGUUUGUGACGAAGACCUGUUUUCUGUCAUUUCGGUGACCUUGUUAUUGUUACUAUGGAAGACAUGCGGGCUUGAUGCUAAUAGAUAGAUUGGAUAAUAGGAAUCCAUAGGUGUAAUAUAGAGCUGGAAGAACAAUGAAAUUGCACACAAAUGUUGUUGCAGGAAUUUACUACUUGAUGGCUACUGGGAUUGUGAAGUCUUUAUGUAAAUAUUUUAUUGUAUGCAGAAAAUGUGUUUUGGUGGUUUGAUCAAAUGGUUUAUUAGAAUGUACUGCAGCUAAUUUAAACUAAUUACUGUAUGGGUGUUUGAUUAGCUUCAGUCUUGGAUUGCAAUAAAUAGUUCAAAUAUGA